UCAAUACCAAAACUUUGAAAAUUAAACACAAUAAUUCUCUCUUGCAUUCAAAUCCAUUUUUUCCCAAGAAACGGUCAUUCUUUUAGUAACCAUUUUGGUUUCUGCUACCAAAAAAAGCAGAGGCACAACAAAAUCCUUUUCCACCAUUUCUAAUAACAUCACAAAAGCAAGUUAGCAACAAAAUUAGCCUUCCAAUAACCAAACAUUUAGUCAAAGAAACAGAAAAAAUAAUCUCUUUGUAUUUUUCAAUGGAUUUCACCGGCUAUAUGAGUUGUGAACUGAAACUUGAUACCAAAGCAACUGGAUGGCACAAGACUAUGACAAAAGUGCUAAAGAGUGUAAAGGGAGUAUCUUACAGCAUUGAUACUCAAGCGGGAAUAGCAUAUGUUCGUGGAAAAAUCAACCCAGACAGUCUACUGAAGAUGCUGGCAAAAGCAGGGAAACAUGCUGAAUUGCUGAGGGUUUAUUCUGGAAAACAUCAUCAAUAUGCAUCAGCAAGAGGAGGGCAAAUUGGUUAUGGUUAUUAUCAAGACCCAUAUUUAUAUGGAAAUGGGUAUCAUCAAAAUUUCUAUGGAGCUCCAUUAAUGGAGCAUUGCCAUCCUCAAUCUCAUCAUUACUCAUACUAUGAGCCAACUGCUCCUCCUGUUCAGGGUUUUCCUCAGCCACCACCUCCAAUGGACAUUAGCCCUUUCUAUAAUCCAGAUGCGCAGUGCUCCAUUAUGUGAUGAUGAUGGUGAUGAAAGCUAAUCAUUUAUCUUACGGUAUUUCUAUAUAUGAACUAUAUAUAUAUAUAUAUAUUAUAAUUAUAUGUAUUGUUAUAUGAUGCCUAGUAUACUGAAUACUAUUUUUUCCUCCAUAUUUUAUAAGGAGAGAAGUAUAAUUAAGACUUUAUGCUUGAAUUUCUCCAUGUUUUAAAGGAGAAAUUAACGUUUGUAUUGAGGGAGACGUUUUGGAGAAAUUAACGUUUGCAUUGAGGGAGACGUUUUGGAGUUGAAUUAUCUAGUAAUUAA